AUGUCUGAGCACCAAACGCGGGCACUAUGCGUUGGGGAUGUACGAGGUCAAUUCGUACAAUUAGCCAAGAAAUUAUCAGUUAUCAAUGAAAAGAACGGCCCUUUCGAUAUCUUGUUUUGCGUUGGUGAAUUCUUCGGUACAAAUGAAACUGAGAAUGAAAGCGUUCUGAAUGGGAAAAUUGACUUUGUUAUUCCGACAUAUAUACUAGGGCCUUGUUCUCCUUCAACAUCCUCUUUUUGCCCGACGGAAUCGGUCGAGUUAUCAUCUACUAUAACAUACCUUGGUAAACGCGGCAUCCUAAACACUGCGAGUGGUUUACAGGUAGCCUAUCUCAGUGGUGUGGAAAGUUCUGCUUCCAGCAAAUUUCAGUUCAGUGAGGAUGAUGUGGAGGAGUUGCUUAUGCCUGUGAGAAAUCAGGCUGGAUUUUUGGGAGUGGAUAUUCUAAUGACGUCUAUGUGGCCAGCUGAGGUAUGGAAGCACGCUCACAACACACCUUCAUCAGAAAUACCAGGUUCAAAACUUAUAUCUCGCCUUGCCGCUGGUGUUAAACCGCGGUAUCACUUCGCUGGAAUGGGUAUUCACUAUGAGAGGCAGCCUUACAGAAAUCAUCGUGUUCUUCUUGAACCAGCUCAGCAUACUACUAGAUUUAUUGGAUUGGCGCAGGUGAACAAUAAGGAGAAACAAAAAUGGUUGUACGCAUUCAACAUCAAGCCAAUGCGUAAAAUGAGUCGUGAUGAACUCACGUUCCAACCUCCGAAUUCAUCUGAAUUCCCUUACAUGGAUAUUCUGCAAGAACUGCUGGCACAGGAGCAGCUAAAAAGGACUAAAAACCAUGAUUCAGUGGACCGAUACCGUUUUGACAUGUCUGAGGAGAUUGAGGACAACAUAGAUAGAGGCGGACGAAAAAGAAAGAGGAAUGACAACACCACUGGUGAAAAGCUUCCUGCCGCUCCAUGUUGGUUCUGCUUAUCGAAUGUGGACGUCGAAAAACAUCUUGUUGUGGCUAUCGGUGAUGCAUGCUAUGCUGCGAUGCCGAAGGGGCCACUUGUAGACGAUCACGUGAUGGUGUUGAGUGUCGGACAUGUCCAAUCCCUUGUUGCCGCUUCUGACGAUGUUAGAGAUGAAGUCGAAAAGUUCAAGAACGCCUUUAUUUUGGCAGCAGAUAAGGUUGGGAAAUCUUUAGUGUGUUUCGAGCGUAACUACCGUACGCAACAUCUUCAAGUCCAAAUGGUCCCUGUUCCAAAGUCAACAGUGAAGUCUCUCAGAGGAGCAUUCUUGAAUGCUGCCAAUCUAGCUGGAAUAGAUAUGAUGAUAAUGGAUGAAAAAGACAAGCUGACAGAUCUAGUAAACGAAGGCUGCCCCUACUUUUUUGUCGAAAUGCCAGAUGGCUCACGGCUGUUCACACGACAGAUGAAGGAAUUCCCAUUGCAAUUUGCCAGAGAGGUGCUGGCAAGCCGUCCAAUUCUUGACUGCGAAGCAAAGGUAGACUGGAGAGCUUGUGCUCUUAGCAAAGAAGAAGAAACCAAGCUUACCAAAGAGCUUCAGGAACGAUUUCGGCCUUUUGACUUCACCAAUGAAGAUGAUAGCGAUUGA